CAUAUUUCCCUUCCGGAUGACUAUCCCAAAUCUCUCUGCUGCCUGCAUACCCUUCCUCCAAGCAGUGGCCUUCAUCUGCGCAUGCCUCAACAUGUUGGCCGCCGGCUCAGUUUUUCUAUUUGGGCUCUAUUCAUUCUACUUCACACAUCACCUCGGCUAUACACAAGUCCAAAUUAGCACUACCAUUGCGCUUGGUGAAGCUGGCAUGUAUGGUGUGGGACCUAUCUGUGGCUUCAUGGCGGAUCGAGUUGGUCCUCGUUUGACUUCUCUUAUCGCCGGAUUUCUAUUUAUUUUCGGAUACUGUCUUCUCUCUCUAAGCUACUCCACUGGUGUCGAGAGAGUCAAGCAGGGUCAGUCCCCCACUCAUUUCCUACUCAUGGCACUAUGUCUUGGCUUGGUAGGAGCAGGCUGUAGCGCCAGCUACAUGGCAGCGUAUACGGCUGUAGCCAAGAAUUCUAAGCAAAUUCGCGGAAUAGCCAUUGCAAUACUCACUUUGAUCUCUCAGCAAUUCUUCAUGAUCAAAAUCAAGGAGCAGCUGAGCAUCUGGCAAGAGACAUUGGAGUUGGAUGUGGCUCGGUUUCUAUUCUUCCUUGGUAUUGCUGGAGGCCUUAUUAACGGCCUCGCAGCUUUCGGUUUGAAAAUUGUGCCUGAACCCCGGACCAUAUACUUAGGACAAGAUGUGCAAUUUACCCAGGAUGUUGAAGUCGUACAGACGAGCAGCUCGUAUAACAGUCAGCAAUCAGGUCCGAUCCGACAUAAUAGGGAUGAGCGGACACCAUUGCUGCAGGACGAUCAAAUUCAAGAUAUAAGCACGAAUGCUCAUAGCUCACCAAACCAUAUUCGGCGACAUGAGGUUAUAGCUGUCAGUGGAAAGGAUUUCUUCUUGGAUAAAGAUGCACAGGCAUUCUUUGCGACGAAGAUGUUCUUUUCGGGAGUUGGGUUGAUGAUUAUUUACUCUAUUACUGCCAUGGUUGAUGCUGUAGCGAGAUCCGAGCUCUCAUACCCUUCACCAACUUCUCAUACCCGUAUCGCGGACGACAAGAGCCCUAUCGCGUCCAUAAGGGCUGCUAACGUUGCGCUGAUUAGCAUAUCAAGCUAUAUAGGACGCAUGAUUUCAGUAUUUGGAUCUGAUAUUGCCAUCCGUCGUUAUGGUGCCCAUCGUAUCUACUUCAUACCUGCAGCAACAGUCGUAAUGGCUCUAGCCCAAAUCGUAGGCAUGUUUGCAUCGCUGAAUUGGUUUUAUUUGUGCUCAAUCCUAGCAGGAUUAGCCUAUGGCGGGUUCUUUGGAGUCGCAAACACCAUUGUUGCAGAGCUCUGGGGUACUGAGGUCUGUGGGCAAAAUUGGUAA